GCAGCGGCAGCGCAUUACUACACCUCUAUCCGGCGGUGGGUCAGUCACUCGCUCACUCACAGGAACAGGUCCUGCGUUAAUACGGCAACAUAUCAAACACAACCAGCUCUCUGCAGUUGAUUUUACACACAUUUACCGGACGGACAUUGCUUAACGAUGGCAGAUCAGCUGACCGAGGAACAGAUUGCUGAGUUCAAGGAGGCGUUCUCACUCUUCGACAAAGAUGGCGAUGGCACCAUUACCACCAAAGAGUUGGGCACAGUCAUGCGCUCAUUGGGUCAGAACCCCACUGAGGCUGAGCUCCAGGAUAUGAUCAACGAGGUCGACGCUGAUGGCAACGGAACUAUAGACUUCCCAGAGUUCCUAACCAUGAUGGCGAGGAAAAUGAAGGACACGGACAGUGAAGAGGAAAUCCGAGAAGCUUUCAGAGUCUUUGACAAGGAUGGAAACGGCUACAUCAGUGCAGCCGAGCUCCGUCACGUCAUGACCAAUCUGGGCGAGAAGUUGACCGACGAGGAAGUGGACGAGAUGAUACGAGAGGCGGAUAUCGAUGGAGACGGUCAAGUCAACUAUGAAGAGUUUGUCCAGAUGAUGACUGCAAAGUGAAGGAUUGUCUUAUCCUGUAUCUCUCUUUCUCUCUUACAUUGCUUGUCCUACUAAGAUCACUCUGUCUUUAAAAAGAAAAAAAAUCUAAAGUUUACUUCAGAGAGUAUUAGAAUGUCAAAUUCUGUGAUCUCUUACCAAAAAAAAAAAAAAAAACUAAAUUCAGAAGCAA